AUGCUGCUCCUCAGCUCCCUAUCCACCGCAUUCCUGCUGCUGUUUCUUUACCCCUCUGAGCUAAAUGCACAGCAGGUGCGGCUUGCAGGUACAGGCCGCCCUGAUGAAGGGCGUCUGGAAGUGUUCCACAAUGGCGUGUGGGGCACCGUGUGUGAUGACCAGGUGGAUCUGAACCUGGCCAAUGUGGUAUGCAGACAACUCGGCUUUCAGCGUAGUCUUACUUGGGCUCACAGUACCAGGUUUGGUCAGGGGCAAGGUCAGAUCUGGUUGGACAAUGUAUACUGCAGAGGCAAUGAGCGCUCUAUCGCUGAUUGUGGCUCCAAUGGUUGGGGAGUCCAUGACUGUACCCAUUCUGAGGACCUGGGGAUCAUUUGUGCUCCGGAAAGGAGGCAAGGCUCUUCAGGAGGGGAGGCCUCUCCCUCUUCCAGAAACGAGCAGAGAGAAACCAGACCGAGGACCCCGCAACAACCAGCCCAGCCACCUGUCUCAUCUCACAAUCCCUCUCCUCACAGUCGAGGACACGAAAUCGCCCUCCAUCGCAACCCCCCAUCUUCACGCCGCAAUAGGAUCUCACCACAGGAGAACGGCCAUGAGAUACAGAUCCCACUAAGGUACAGGGGCCAGCAGGUAUCAUCACGACCGGCGCCCAGUACCACCCAAAGGCGGGAGGAGGCACCGCCAAGAGGAGCACCUUCACCCAGGCGCCAGCCCGAGAGACAGUCCAAUCAGCAGACAAAUUACGCGACCCAACCUGAAAGGCAUCAGCCAUACAGUGGGAACCAUGUCGAACCAGAUCCUGCUUAUCCAGAUAUGGGACUGGAGCCGGAUAGCCAGUACAUCCAGAAUGGUGCUAGUGUUCAACUUGAAGAGGCCCGUCUAAGAGCCGUGCUAUCCGGCAGCCGUGGCGGUCUGGUGUCUGAAGGAGUGCUGGAAGUGAAGUACGCUGGGAAAUGGCGUCAUAUGUGCAGUCAAGGCUGGGACCUCAGCAACAGCCGCGUCGUAUGCGGAAUGUUGGGAUUCCCUUCUGCUGAAGCGUUUGAUCAGAACGCCUACAGGAAACUGUGGGACUCCAAGCUAGCAGAUCCAUCAUCAAGACUGAGAUCACAGGUUACCAAGAAGGCUUACUGGGUGGAGCGGGUGCAGUGUCAGGGAGUGGAGGUCUCCUUGUCACAGUGUCAGGCCCAGUUGUCAGUCCGCAGAAGAGACGGUCCAUGCGCGGGAGGCAUGCACGCUGUAGUCCGCUGUGUUCCUGGAGCACAGUUUGCGCGCAACGGCCGAAGACAGGCAACACACCCCACGUCGAGCAACGUGCGUCUGAAGGCGGGGCCCCGUGUUGGAGAGGGUCGGGUGGAGGUUCUGAAAGAGGGCAAGUGGGGCACCGUAGCAGACCAUUUGUGGGACAUCACAGACGCGAGCGUGGUCUGCAGAGAGCUGGGCUUUGGAACUGCCAAGGAGGCUCUGACCAGGGCUCAGUUGGGAGAGGGUACCGGGCCCAUCCACAUGAACAGUGUCCAGUGCACAGGCAGAGAGAGGUCCCUAACAGAAUGUGCUUCCAAACCGGUCCCCUUGUACACCAUCAAGCAUAAUCAAGAUGCUGCUGUCCGCUGCAAUGUCCCAUACACCGGUACACAAAAUACGGUGAGACUGGCAGGAGGACGAGACAGAGCAGAGGGUCGCGUCGAGGUGUUGAUCGAGGUCGGAGGAGUGAAGCGCUGGGGUUCUGUCUGCAGCGAGAACUGGGGAAUCAACGAGGCUAUGGUGGUGUGCCGACAACUUGGUUUGGGUUUCGCCGCCAGAGCUCAUCAGGAAACUUGGUACUGGGCUAGUUCAGGCGAUGCCCGUGAUGUGAUUCUGAGUGGAACACACUGUGUCGGCUCUGAGCUCUCCAUCCAGCAAUGCCGCAAAAAUUCAAAUGUCUACUGUCCAAGAGGUGGCGACGGCAGGGCCGCUGGAGUCACCUGUGUGGAAACUGCUCCAGACCUGGUAGUAGAUGCUCAGCUGCUCCAGGAGUCGUCCUACCUGGAGGACAGACCUCUUCAUCUGCUCACCUGUGCCAAUGAGGAGAAAUGCCUCUCAUCUUCUGCUGCCAGGAUGAACUGGCCCUACGGACAUCGCCGACUGCUGCGAUUUUCCUCUCGUAUCUUGAAUGUUGGCCGUGCUGAUUUCCAACCUCGGGCAUCCAGAGAGAACUGGAUUUGGCAUCAGUGUCACAGGCACUACCACAGCAUUGAGGUGUUCACCCACUACGAUCUGCUGACCCUCAAUGGAACUAGGGUGGCUGAGGGUCACAAAGCCAGCUUCUGUCUGGAGGACACCUACUGUCCUGAUGGUAUUCAGAAGCGGUAUUCCUGCUACAACAUGGGACAACAAGGCAUCUCAAUUGGCUGCUGGGAUACUUACCGCCAUGACAUUGACUGCCAGUGGAUCGACAUCACGGAUGUGCGACCUGGUGAAUAUGUGUUCCAGGUUGAGGUCAACCCAUCUUUGGAUAUGGCUGAGUCCGAUUUCAAAAACAAUGUGAUCCGCUGCCGGUGUAAAUAUGACGGAGCGCGCGCUUACAUGUUCGGAUGCCACGCAGGUGACGCUUACAGCGCAGAUAUCGAGGACUUGUUUGACCACCAGCGUCAGAUCACCAACAAUUUCCUGUGA